UGCAUGGGUACAGAGUCCCUCUGCCCAGUCCUGGUCACUGUCUUGUGAUUCUCAGUCCCCAACUUGUCCCCGGAAAAGAGUAGAUAGGGUGGGGGCUAAGGACAUGUCUCCACUGCCCCCCGGGAGGGAUGAGUCAUAGGUGGGGGGCUGCCUCAUGCCAGGAAGCAUGUACCAGCUCCCACCCCAGGGGGCUGAGGGAGAUAAAUGGGCCCUGAAGCGGGGUAGAGGGUCAGACCACAGGACAGUAGUGCCUGGCCCCAGCCCCAGGCAGCCACAGCAGGCUGCCUUACCCCAGAAGCAGCUGGUGGCAGUAGGACUGGGUUGGGUCGGGAUGGGAAGGGUCUUGGAGGUUGAGUGGAUGUGGGGUUUGGCUUUAUGGAGGGCUUGGACCCAGGGGACUCUGGGAUCUCUGGCUGCUUUUCUGCCUCUGAGAUCCGAUUCCUGCCCUUCUGUUUCCUGGAUCAGCUGCAAGCUCUCCUGCUGAGAACCGCCUGCCCUCCUGUGGACUCUGUGUUUCUGUCUGAAUCUUUCUUUCCAUCAUGCUGUCUGUCUCUGGGAUGGUUUCUGUCUGUCUUUUUCUUCUAGUCUCCAUUUUGCUCUGCCUCCAUCUCCUUCAUCUCCCUCUCUUGCUGUCUCUCUGUCUCUGGAUUUCUUUGUUUCUUUUUUUCUGUCUUGCUUUCUGCCUCUUUGUCUCAUUCUGGCUCUCCUCUUGUCUCCCCUUCUCUGUCUCUGGCCUGGCCUGGCCUCUCUAACCCCUUUCUCGGUGUCUUCCUCUCUCUCCAUCCCCCACUCUGUCACUCUGCCCUUGCCAUCUGUCUCUGUUCAUGGACCCCAGUUGACCAGAGCCCCUGCCCUGAGCCCAUUUUCUCCUUGCAGCCUGACCUCACGAUGACCAGGUUUGCUCUGCUGUUGCUGAUGGUCCUGAUGUUGGGCAGAGUCCUGGUUGUCCCAGUGACCCCUAUCCCAACCUUCCAGCUCCGCCCUCAGAAUUCUCCCCAGACCACUCCCUGACCUGCGGCCUCAGAGAGCCCCUCAGCUGCUCCCACAUGGCCGUGGGCUGCCCAGAGCCACCGCAGCCCCACCCGCCACCCUGGCUCGCGCAUUGUCCUAUCGCUGGAUGUCCCCAUCGGCCUCUUGCAGAUCUUACUGGAGCAAGCCCGGGCCAGGGCUGCCAGGGAGCAGGCCACCACCAACGCCCGCAUCCUGGCCCGUGUCGGCCGCUGCUGAGCCUGAGAGAGGGGGUCACAGUGAUAGGGCCACCCUGGAUGGGAAGACCUGGAGGGCAGCCACACAGCUGGACGGAUGCUGCCACAUCUGGGCAUACAGUGUCUGGACGCUGCCACAUCUGGGCAUACAGUGUCUGGACACUGCCACAUGGAGCCACUGCCAUGCAGGUCAUAUCAGAUCUGAGUGCCCCACAGAGUCACAGUGUGUCUGGACAGCCUGGACAUUGGACAUUGCUAAGUCGGGUCACUGCCACAUGGAGUCUUGCCAUGCCUGUGUGCCCCACAGACCUAAUAUAUGUCCGGACAGCUUGGAUGCUGCCACGUAAGGUCACUGCUGUGGCGAGUCUUGCUAUGUCUGGGUGCCCCAUAGUCACAGAACACCUGGACACUGCCACAUGCAGUCAUCAUCAUGUUACUUUCAGGAGCCUCAACACGAGAGCUCAACACUGCCUCCGACCAGUCCCUCUGAGGCCCACAGGUCUGUCAUCCCAUAGGCCACCACACAGAGAAAUGCUGGCUGAGGGUCACUUGCUUGCUCUGUGCCCCAUGAGGCAGCACCUGCCCCAGAUGGACGGGGCUGUGAGGGGUGUCUCCAGGCACAAAGGCCCGAACACAGGAAGCCUGUGACCAUGGCAGCCUUGUCUUAUGGGCGCAUAUGUGCGUGUGUGGCUGAGUCUCUGACAGCUGUGAGUGUGUGUGAGCAGGGUAAAGGUACGUGAGGGGUCUGAGAGGAGUGGGUGCUUGUCCCCCAAACCUGCAUGAAGCAAGAACAACUCCUGGCCAGGCCCUGUCCUCCCCACGUACCCCUGCAUCCCCAGCCUCGACCCAGGGACAUGCAGGGCUCACAGAAGACAGGGCUCAGGCUGCCGGAGCUCCAACCAAACUCUGUCCCACUUCACGCAUGGACUGUCCUGGGCAAAGGUGUUCACCUUUCCGAGCCUCGGUUUCCUUAUCUGUAAAGCAAAGCGACACCAGCAAGCCUGUGAGCAUUGUGUAUAUAGCAGACAUGGAGGUCCUGCAGCAGGAGGUGCUCAAUAAACACAAAGCGACUGAAGGAUGGGAUGUGCGAGAAUCCCAGUGGUGUGCACCCAGGCCGCGACACAUGGUGGGUGAGUCAUACCUGGCUUCUCUGCCUUCCUCCCUAGCUCCCCGGUUAACUGACCUGGUCCCUUGGUUUGGAAGGACUAGGUUUUGCCUGAUUUCACAGCCCAACUCCAUUGCUGGGCCAGAGACAGAACUGACUUUCCGGGCAGUGUGGACGGGCUUGCCCGCAGAGGGGGCAGGCACUCUGGGCUGUGCAGACAACUCUAGGUGGACAUGAAGGCAGACGCUGGGUGGCAUGGGCAGCUCUGGCGGGAGAGGGAGACUGUACUGGCCAGAGCGUGGCCGGCUGACUGGAGUGGGGGCACUGGCGCUGCCCUCACAGUUGUAAGCAGCCCUGUGGGGGCGGGCCUAGGGUGGGCUGGGGAGGCGGGGCUGCAGGAGCCACAGGAGUCGCUUCUCUCUCUUCAGAGUGCUAGGCGGGGUUACCCCACUCUGGAGCUGCAGGGGGCAGUGGCCCUGGCCAGUUUGGUUGCAGGAUGGACAGAGGCUCGUUAGGAGGCAGCUCCCUGACCGACCUGGGGCCGGGGAGCAGCAGGCAGGGUAGGCACGGGACAGCGUGGGGAGGGUGGAGGGUUAGGGAAAGACCUGGAUGAAGUCAGGGUGGUGCUGGAGGGGUGCGAGAGUGUUGGGGGGUCUCUCCUGGUUUAGGGGUGCUCUGAGGGGCAUUCAUCUGUCAGUGGCCCGAAGGAGGGGGAAAACUGUCGCCCUGCAAGGGAGAGGGGGCUGGGCCAAGGGGGAACUAUAAAUAGUGUCUUCCUCCAGCCCAGGGGGAGGGACCGCCAGCUGGAGCUGCCCAGGCCCUCCUGCUCUGCUCUUUGCUGGCCUCCAAGGGAUCAUGUUUGUCCAGGUUUCCUCUUGGGGUCACACCAGUUUGGGGAAGUCUAGAGGCUCAUUUAGGAUGGGUUUCACAUGAUGUGGCUUUAGCCCUUAAACCAGCACUUCUAGGGUGUCUGCUGUGUGCCCUGUGCCAGUCCUGAGCUUCUCUGAACACCUGCUGUGUACUCAGUUUGGUCAUGAACCUCUCUGAACCCUUUCUGUGUGCCCUUGCUGGUCCUGAAUCCCUAAGCACCUACUGUACGCCCUGUGGCAGGCUGGAAGGAGGAAGUGCAGAUCAGGGUUCCCAGGCUGCUUGGUGACAUGGUUCUAUAACCUGAAGUUAGAACCUCACACUCCUUGUGAGCCCUGGGCCCAGGGAGACACAGGGGACAAUCCUUUGCUGGAAAUGGCCAGAGGAAGCUGGAAUUCCUGGAAACUCCUGAACCUCCCAGUGGACAGCAGGGCUGGGGGUGGAGAGAUAUAUGUGGGAAGGGAGGCAGCAGAGAGCAGCAGGCCCCACUGCAGCCUGCCUGUCUCUGCACAUGCUGGGGUGCAGGACUUGUGAGUGUGUGUGCAUCUGUGUGUGCAUGUGCAGCUGUGCUAGUGUCUCUGUGUGCAUCAGUGUGUGGGCCUGUGUGGCAUGCACUGAAACCCCUGGGUCUUUAUGCUGCAAAGGGUGGUUUGUGGGCCAGAUGUGGUGGCUAACGGCUAUAAACCCAGGGCUUUGGGAGGUUGAGGCGGGAGGAUCGCUUGAGGCCAGGAGUUCAAGGCUGCAGUGAGCCAUGAUUGCACUAUGUGCUCCAGGCUGGGUAACAGGAGCGAGACUGUGUGUGUGUGUGUGUGUGUGUGUGUGUGUGUGUGUGUGUGUGUGGUGGGAUGGUUUGGCAGUUCUGUCAGGGCUGGCCAGUAGAUACAGGGACUGGGAAGAGUUUGAGCUUUGAGAACUGGCCACCACAUGGCUUCUAGGCUGGGACACUGGGAGGAAAUCCAGUGGUCAGUGCAGAGGGCACCCUGGGAGCCAACCAGGGUCAGGCCAGCCAGGUUCAUGGUGGGCAGAGGCUGAGCAGAACAUGUUCACACAUGUGUGUACAGACAUCCCAGCAUACUUCCCACGCCUGGGACAGAACAGCUGGCUCACUUUGGGAUAUACUGAGGAGGAAAAAGCCAUGAGGGCCAGGGAUUCUACCGGGCAUCCGCUGAUGCUGAGAGAGCAGACACUGGGACAGCAUCUCCAUGGAGAGGACACGGGGGAGUGGGAGCACACAUGUGAAGGUGGACUGUGCGAUUCCACUGUAGUGUGGCAGGCAAGGUCUGGAAGGCUGGGGGUUGAGCUGAGUCCAUGCUGCACUGUGGACUCGCUUUGUGAUCUUGGACCCUUCUCCCUCUUCCUGACCCUCAGUUUCCCACCUGACAAACAGGGCCAUGGGAGGGGAGAUGGAGAAUAUCCUCAGAGCAGAUGUGGACGGUGGCCUUCGGGGGGAACCCCAGGCAUCUCCUGAUGUUGACCUGUGGCCUUCCAGCUGGACAUAGGGCCUUGAAGGAGGGUGCCUGGGUCAGCCACGGGUAGACUUUCUGGGGAAGAGAGGAAGGUGCAGAGCUGUUGCAUUUCCUGGGAACCAGGCUCAUCCUCGUGUGAGGAUGCCUUCCCAGAGAUAGCCCUGGCCCCCUGCCCAGGCCAGCUGUCCUCUACCCCCAGCCCUUGAUUAGCAUCCCAGGAGGUCUGGGAAGAGAAUGGACAGGCCGGAGGAGGUGCUGGGUGUCUGUAGAUAUCAGAGGAGAUAGCUUUUGCAAUGAGUGCUGCGGGAUAGACAGGGUGUGGGCAUGUGGUAAUGAGGUCUCAGAGGCCACGGUGGCCCCAAGAUGGCCUUGGCAGUGGCCAGAAGACAAGAGGGCUGGCUGUGUCACGAACAGAAUGAGUGGCUUUGGAGAAGUAGGGAGCAGGUCACGAGGGGCACCCAGCUCAUCAGGAGCCGCCCAUGGAUGUGCUCAGAUCUGCUGGGACUGGGGUGGAGGAAUAAGCGGGUAGAUACCGCAAAAGGAGGAUGAGGAAGGAGGAAGUUGUUGACCCUGCCUGGGGCAGGGUGUUCCCAGGGCAAGCAGCUAGAGCUGGUUUGGGGGAGGGUCCAGAUGGGCUUCCAGCAUGUGGACCUUCGGAAUCUUCAGUUCCUAUGAAGUGGGCAAGACAUCUGUGUCAGUCAUCUUAAGGGUCCUUGCCAAGCUUUAAAGAGCUGGGUGGACUUGGACUGAUCCAAGGCAGGGCUGUGGCAGGGAGGGCAUGGGAGUGGGUGCUACACCUAUAGCCCACGAGGCCAGUCUUGUUGCCAGUCCCAUGCCCUCAACACCUGGCUCCUGGCUGGGUACACACUGGGCAGAGAGAACCUGAGGAUGCAGGGCACCUGCCAGGGGUGUUGUGGAUGACAUCGCUAGAGGGCAGUGUGGCUCAGGUUGAAGCCGUGU